AACAUCGAAGUCUUCCCUAAUAAAGAACAAUCAAGUAGAUCCAUACCUCACCGUCAAAUAUGCUGUCGUGUUUCAGGGUGCCGAGAGAGAGACAAAGCCAAGCUGUGGAAUUUCGGUUCCCCAGAGCCCAAACGGAGGAGGGUUUCUACUUGGAAAAUGGAGGUCUGGUUUUGGAACAUAUCAUUACUUCUUUUGAUGGCAAAUACAGUCCCUUUCGGAUCUUCUCCAAACGAGAGCUCGACAAGGCCACCAACGAGUAUCAUGUGAAUGGAAUCUUACACGAGGAUUUCAAGCAUAGCCUCUACAGAGGAACCUUUGAUGGUCGGGAAAUAUGUGUCAAGAAAUUUCUGGCAACCUCAUCUCGGAUUCAUAAAACAUGGUGCAUAAACGAGGUGGCGGUCGUAUCUCAGAUGAGCAAGCACAAGAAUGUCCUGAAGCUCUUGGGUUGUUGCUUGGAGACUGAAAUUCCGACGUUAGUGUACGAGUUUGCAAGAAAUGGAAGUCUCUCCGAUCAUAUAUUGGACGGCCGUCGGCGGCUAUCAUGGAAGAGCAGGCUUAGUGUAGCGAGCGAAGCAGCACAUGCAGUUGCGUAUCUUCACAACGUCACGCCCGAUCUGAUCAUCCAUCGAGAUAUAAACUCGAGAAAUAUCCUCUUAGACGGAAACUUUGUUCCCAAACUGUUCGAGUUCGGUUUCUCGGUGCCUAUUCCCUUGGGUGAAAAGCAUGUAGAUGCCGAAAUUGUGGGGGACGUUGGGUUUAUUGCUCCGGAAUCGCUUAGUACCGGCAGGUUUACAGAGAAGAGCGAUGUUUAUAGCUUCGGAGCCAUCUUGUUCGAGAUUUUAACUGGAAAGAGUGCGAGGAACAUGGUGCCUGAAUUGAAUUGCAGAGGGGAAAGUUCAAUCUCAAAUGCCAAAAGUGGCAAUUGGACAGAGAGAGAGAAAUAUUGAAUCCUAUUUGAAGGGUGAUCUAUUGGGUGAAGGAGACAAGAAACAACAAAUGGAAUGUGCAGAGAUCGCAGUUAGAUGUCUUGAGGUGAAUGCUGAUAAGAGGCCUACCAUGAUAGAAGUUUCACGAUCGCUUAGAGAGAUCAGAAGGCUCGGCUCCAAAACACCCCAACAUAACGUGAAGUCGUGAAGCAUCUCUCAUGAAUAAACAAAGAAUGUGUGAUUAGAAAGGUUGGAGAUUUGUGAAAUGUUUGAGCAUAAUCAAUUUGACCAACUACAAUUCUCUACUACACAUGAUCAACAUCCUCGUUGUUUCAUGACAAACACACUGAACAAUAUUGAUCAUCAUCUUUUCAUUAUUUCCUGAUGUAAUAUCAAAUAAUUGAAAAACUAUAUAAUUUUUACUUAUCUAUCUAUCAUUUCAUUUCAUAUCAUGAAACGAUGAAAAUCAUUUUUCAUAGCAUGCAGUACAGACCGCCUGGUGCUUGUCAUCUCUAAGAUCCUGAUAAAAUGCAGCGGACCGAACAAUGGCGGAGUCUGCAAGUCUGACUUGCAAUUCAAGUAUGAACCAAGCGCAGUAUCAACACAAGUAUGCCAGACUAAUCACGCCAAAACUCUUAAGAAUACUAUCGUUAUGAAACACUGAUGCACCAUCGAAAUGCAGCAUAACAAGAUAGGCAGCUACUUCCAUGGCAGGCACAUAACCCUGCUGUAUCAGUCAUCAAACUAUGACAUAUGCAGUCAUAUGAAACAGUGACUAUCAACCUGUGCAAAACGCCUUGAUGCUAUUGAUCACAUGGAAGCUUCAAACCACAUAAAACUAAGUCUCUAUAAUAAAAAAACAAAACUUCAUCUCUUCCAGAACUUAAAAUACAAUCCUCGAUUAUUUUUUUCAAAAAAAAAAAAA